UUUAAUAAAAUACUUGAAUUUGUUAUCAGUUUACUUAGGGCAUUCAAGUUGUGAAUAGGUUCUAAUUGCAGAAACCUAUUCUAUUUUGAUAAUCUUUGUUCCUUUCCUAGAAAGUUAUCGCAGGUACCCAAAAUGGCAUCUAAAUCUCUUCUGAAACUCAUUACUUCUUCAAAUAAACUGAUUCUCAGUAAAAAUGUGUACGGUUCAAUGAAAUUGUAUUCUUCGAUAGCAGCAAAUUACGAAAACAUCAAAGUAGAGAAAGCUGGAGCCAAGAACAAUGUAGGAAUAAUCACCCUGAACAGACCUAAAGCAUUGAAUGCCCUUUGUGACAAACUUAUGACUGAGGUUGCUCAGGCUUUAGAUACUUUCGAAGCUGAUAAAGAUGUUGGUGCUAUUAUUAUAACUGGAAGUGAAAAAGCAUUUGCUGCUGGAGCAGACAUCAAAGAAAUGGAGUCCUACACUUACUCCAAAUGUGUUAGUGGUAACUUCUUGGAACAAUGGAACAGGGUCGCUAAAACCGUUAAACCAGUUAUCGCCGCAGUAAACGGCUAUGCUCUUGGUGGGGGUUGCGAAUUAGCCAUGAUGUGUGAUAUAAUUUAUGCUGGGGAAAAAGCUAAAUUUGGCCAACCUGAAAUACUCCUGGGAACCAUCCCCGGCGCUGGUGGUACCCAAAGAUUACCAAGAGCUGUUGGUAAAUCAAAGGCGAUGGAAAUGGUCCUUACUGGAAACCAAAUAACCGCCCAAGAAGCAGAAAAAAUGGGACUUAUAAGCAAAGUUUUCCCCCCUGAGAAACUUUUGGAAGAAACGAUAAAGCUAGGAGAAAAAAUCGCCUCCAACUCCCAGCUGAUCAACGGACUAUGUAAAGAAGCUGUAAACACAGCAUUUGAAACUACUUUGAAAGAAGGUCUGCACUUUGAGAAGCGAACGUUCCAUGGUACUUUUGCUACUCAUGAUCGUAAAGAAGGAAUGAAUGCAUUUGUCAAUAAGAGGCCAGCUAACUUCAAAAACGAAUGAGGAAUACUCUCCACCUUAUGAAACUAUAAAGAAUUAUUUUUAAAAAUUCGUGUUACAAAAUAUAAAUUUUCUACUA